CGUCACCGAGAUAACACCAAACACACAACAUGCUCUUCGCAAUCACUUUAUUUUUGGGAGUUACAAGCAGUUUGGCGGCAGUUCUGGAGCCCAUGAACUACUACCAGUACACCCAGUUCCAGGCUCCACUCUCCUGGGAGGACAUUUCCGACAAGGGUCUGAAGCAGGCCCUCGACAGUUGCCAGCAGAGUUUCCAGUGGCAGCGAUGGAACUGUCCAAGCGCGGAUUUCGUGGAGAGGCACACAAAGCCUGAGGAAUCCUCGCCGAAUCGGGAGGAUGUCUAUGUGGCGGUCAUUGCCAUGGCAGCUAUUGUUCACACCCUGACCAAGGAUUGCGCCAAUGGCGUCAUCGCCGGAUGUGGAUGCACCGAAAGUGCCCUAAACGUUCCCUGUGCCCAUGAGCCCAAAAAAGCGCUGGAACAGUACGAGAAGCACUUCGGAUCGGGAUCAGGAGCCACUGGACACAAUCGACGGGUGGUCGGAGCUCUACUACAGAACUCACUGGAGCAGGAGUGCCGGUGCAAGCAACCAGGAUCAGUGCAUGGAAAGUGCCAGGAGGAGGAGUGUGUGGCUGUGCUGAAGCCCUUCGAGGCCAUCGCCCAGGAUCUCCUCCAGAUGUACGACGAUGCCAUCCAACUGGACAGCGCCAGCAGCAACCUCAAGAUCAUGUGGGAGAACAUUCCCCUGGACUCGCUGGUCUUCAUGCAGGAUUCGCCCAACUACUGCGAGCCGGAGGCGCAUGGAUUGUGGAAGGGAACGCGGGGUCGCAAGUGCACCAAGGAUGGCAGUGGUUCGCUGGAGGAGCGCCUCUCCUGCCAACAGCUGUGCCGGGUCUGCGGCUAUCGGGUCAGGUCGCAGCACAUCAGAUCCGAGCGGAGGUGCAACUGCAAGCUGGUCUGGGGAUUCCGCCUCCAGUGCGACGUGUGUGUCCAGCUGGAGAAGCAGUACUCCUGCUACUGAAAAUAAAUGCGGGGAUGGAGUCCAGGACUGGGGCGCUGGUCGAGCCCUGUUAGAAAACUUUGCCUUAAUUUAAGUUAAUUUAUUUGUUUCCACCACUAAGUUAUUGCCACAACAAAUGCUAUC